GUUGGGCAUGCGCACUACUUGUCCCCUCCAGACUGCCGGGUUUUUCCCGCCCUUUACUGGCCUCUGGAGGAGGCUCAGAGUUCACGCCCCUCUAUGGGGAUACCUGCUCCGAGCCGGGGAAUGCGAGGACUAGUAGGUGGCAGACGUCCUUCUGGUCCUGAAUCUUAAGGGACAAAGGAUAAACUCUAGGACUGUUAACUCUUUGGAGAGCUGAGAGGCGGGAAGAGGUAGUGUGGGAGGGGUCAGAGGUGAAAGGUCAGAGGGCUGCGAAGGGGGCGGAGCGAGCCGGAGGCGGAUGGCGGCUGCGGCGGCUCAUCAUCUUUGGCGGCAGAGGCGCUGAAGCUGGGACGCGAGUCCGGCGCGUCCGGCAGUUGGAGGAGAGCGGCGGCCGCUCCCAACAUGCACAGUCUGGCGACGGCUGCGCCUGUGCCUACUGCACUGGCUCUGGAUAGAGAAAAGAUCUAUCAGUGGAUCAAUGAGCUGUCCAGUCCUGAAACAAGAGAAAAUGCUUUGCUGGAGCUAAGUAAGAAGCGAGAAUCUGUUCCUGACCUUGCACCCAUGCUGUGGCAUUCAUUUGGUACUAUUGCAGCACUUUUACAGGAAAUUGUAAAUAUUUACCCAUCUAUCAACCCACCCACCUUGACAGCACACCAAUCUAACAGAGUUUGCAACGCUCUGGCAUUACUGCAAUGUGUGGCAUCACACCCAGAAACCAGGUCAGCAUUUCUUGCAGCACACAUCCCACUUUUUUUGUACCCCUUUUUGCACACUGUCAGCAAAACACGUCCCUUUGAAUAUCUUCGGCUAACCAGUCUUGGAGUUAUUGGGGCCCUGGUAAAAACAGAUGAGCAGGAAGUAAUCAACUUCUUAUUGACAACAGAAAUUAUCCCUUUGUGUUUGCGCAUUAUGGAAUCUGGAAGUGAACUUUCUAAAACGGUUGCCACAUUCAUCCUCCAGAAGAUCCUCUUAGAUGACACUGGUUUGGCUUAUAUAUGCCAGACAUAUGAGCGUUUCUCCCAUGUUGCCAUGAUCUUGGGUAAGAUGGUCCUGCAGCUAUCCAAAGAGCCUUCUGCCCGUCUGCUGAAGCAUGUAGUAAGAUGCUACCUUCGACUCUCAGAUAAUCCCAGGGCACGUGAAGCGCUCAGGCAGUGCCUCCCUGACCAGCUGAAGGACACAACCUUCGCCCAGGUGCUAAAAGAUGACACCACCACAAAACGCUGGCUUGCACAACUGGUAAAGAACCUGCAAGAGGGCCAGGUCACCGAUCCCCGCGGUAUACCCCUGCCCCCUCAGUGAUCCUCCCUUGUCCCCUCCCAUUACUCCCCCAAGUUGGGGAAGGGAGGGGGAAACCCAUGAGGAAAACAGCUCAGGUUUUAUCGCCGACCGGGAAUAGACGACCUCAAUGCUGAACUGCACUGGAGAAAGGGGCAAGGUACUCCCACUGAGGGGUACGAGCUGCCAUCUCAGGCUGCCUUGAGGACCUGGGCUCCCUCUGCUACUCCCAGGAAAUGGGCUCCUGACACAGCGGUCUGCUACCACAGCCCAGGAGGGUGUCAACACCAGCAAAUGCUGUAUCUGCAGCAUGCCCAAGAUGACCCUUCUCCCUCACCUCUACCCAGCCACUGGCAGGGAGGGGAGACAGGGGUGACAGCAGCAGCACUCUAGGCAUGGUGAACGCCUGGGACCAAGCCAUGAGGCGUUUUCUUAUUUUGCCUUCCUGGAAGACUCAAGAUGUGUCUCUUCAUUCUCUCUCUCAGUAUUUGUUUACUUUGGUGUUUGUUUUUUUUUUUUUUUAAUCUCAGAGAGAGGUGUGUUUAGUGGACACAAGCUGUAAUAUUCAGCAAAACUUUGUCAGUUGGCACUGUUUACAAGUCUGUUAGCUGCAUAAGCUCAAUAAAAAGUUGGUCUGGGCAUUACAUCCCCUCUAGCAGGCCAAUAGCUGCAUGAGCUGUUGGGAGGAAUGGGAGGCAGGGGAAGGACAUAAAGCCAAAGGACAGCAGGAACCCAUCGCCUAGUUCCCUUCCCUUUCCCAUCUUCUACCCCCUGUUCUGGACGCCAUAAGGACCUUAAUUCUGGCUUUAGCUGCUAGUGUUUUCCUUCUUCACUUCCCUCCUAUUAAAAUAGAUGUCUUAAUUCAUCAGGCUGUCCUGGAAGGGUAUUUCAUUGGGGGAGGAGAGGCAAUGGUAGACCUCACCUUCAAGUCCUCAAAGAUAUUUUCCAGGUGGGCGUUCCCCUUGUGGUGCAGCGGAGAUAAUCCGACUAGUAUUCGUGAGGACAUGGGUUUGAUCCCUGGCCCUGCUCAGUGGGUUAAGGAUUUGGCGUUGCCAUGAUCUGUGGUGUAGGUCGAAGACAUGGCUCAGAUCCUGCAUUGCUGUGGCUGUGGUGUAGGCCGGCAGUUGCAGCUCCAGUUCAACCCCUAGCCUGGGAACUUCCAUAUGCUGCAGGUGCGGCCCUUAAAAAAAAGCAAAAAAAAGUUAUUUUCCAGGUGAUUUUUUAAAAGGAAGGUGCCUGGGAUUAAGACGAUAGGCUACUUGAUCCCAUUCUUUGCUUUAGUGUGAAUUUCUGCAGUUCUGUCUGUCUUCAUGAUUGUACUUGAAGCAUUAUUAGCUGAAUGAGUUAAUUUUAUUUGGAUUUAAAACGGAGGGCUGGACACUGCUUCUCAAUCUGUUUUUGGAUUUUUUUUGCGGGGGUCUUUUUGGACACAUUCCCUUUUGGUCUAUGGGAAUUAACAGGGUCGCCACUAAGACAUUUUCCACUUUUUCAUAUUGUGUUAGAGAAUCCCCUUCCUUCUUUGGAGCUUUAGAUGAUUGUAUUCACAAUCCAGAGGCUUGAAUCUGUAACCCGAUGUAAACUGCUUUCCUUUCCGGCAGUCCUUCACCCUGAUCACCUGCUCCGCUUGCUUGCUCAUUCUCUAAUCCCCAUCUCCAAUCACAAAUGGGAUUAUUAACCCAACUAGAGAGAGACCAAGUAUUUUCUGUCCAUAUCACACAUAAUUGAAGAUGUCUCUGAACACGUUUGGGGAGGGUCUUAAAGGGGCAGGCUCAGAGAAACCUUUGCAGAGGCAGUUUUGCCAACACAAGGGCUCUUUCAAGCCGACUUUCACAAAGGGAGCCGGCCUUGUUAGUUGGCUUCUGUCUCUUCAGAGCCAGGAAAGUACGAAUUAAGUAGCCUAGAAUUAGGAAGGGUGGAAUAAGCACUUACUCCCCUGCUUUCCAAAGUGAAGAGGAGAACCAGGCCAGCUCUCAAUGUCAAGCCUGAAGAGCUCGUGGAGGAAGCCAAAAACAGCGUGGACUGGAAAAGCAUCUUGACUCCCUUCAGCCAAUAGUUUAUGACCUGGAGGGUCCAACUGGGGUAACCCUGAUUUUUGCCAACCGCCUUCCUGCUGAGCCAAAGUUUUCUCAUUCUCCUUCCUCUAGGGAAGCAGCUGAGGCCCAGGGCCUUGCUCCCUGAGAAAUUCUCUUCUCCAUCUUUCGGUGCAUUGGCCAUGUUACUGUGCCAAUAGUGUCUUAAUUCUUGUUCCAUCUAUUCUCAGCUGGCUCUGGACCCCAUGUAGGAGUUUGGGGGAGGGGUGGAAAUGGGUAUUGUUACCUGUGGUUGAUCCUGAUGCGUGUAUAAAGAGACCCCCUCCCCUCAUUUUGUGUUUUCCAUCCCUCUCACUCCCUCAACAGGAUUGAAAUAAAACAUGCUUCUGUUUUUAAUAAUAAUAA